CACCCAUCCAUGCCUCCAUUGGCAAAGCAACUCACAAUGGCUUCCUCUUCCUCAUUGUUUCUCCUUGCAGCCCUCCUUGCGCUGGCCUCAUGGCAGGCCACUGCCUAUGAUCCUAGCCCUCUUCAGGACUUCUGCAUUGCCGACAUGAAGGCGCCUGUGCGAGUAAAUGGAUUUGCUUGCAAGGACCCAAUGGCCGCAACCCCGGAAGACUUCUUCAACGCAGCCAUGCUCGAUCAGCCUAGGGAUACUAAGGCGAGCAAGGUCAGGUCUAACGUCACCAACAUCAAUGUUAUAAAUUUCCCCGGCCUCAACACCCUCGGCAUCUCGUUGGCACGCAUCGACUAUGGACCAUUAGGUGUGAACACGCCACACAUACACCCUCGUGCCACUGAGCUCCUCACGGUGCUCGAGGGGACACUCUACCUUGGAUUUGUCACAUCCAACCCAAACAGGCUCUUCUCAAAGAUAGUUAAGAAGGGUGAUGUAUUCGUAUUCCCAAAAGCAAUGAUCCACUUCCAAAUGAACCUAGCGCAUGACAAGCCAGCAGCCGCGUUGUCCUCGCUCAGCAGCCAAAACCCUGGAGUUAUUUCUAUUGCCAAUGCAGUGUUUGGAUCAAAGCCACCGAUUUCGGAUGAUGUCUUAGCCACGGCAUUUCAGGUGGAGAAGGAUCUGAUUCACUGGCUUCAAUCUCAGUUCUGGGGGAACACCAACUACUAAAUAUUCUCUUUUAUCUGGGCAUAUGGGAAGUUAAUAUGUAAUGAUAUAUAGAAUAAAUGACAUGCAAUACGUAUGCAUGCAUGGUUGCGAGCUGUGAAUUUUCAUUUCCUUUUUGAAUCGUGACAAGAUAUGUUUUUUGUCGGAUUCAUGUCAUAAUGUGCUGGUGAUGUUUGUUUUCACUGUUUAAUGAAUGGAAUACAGAGGUGCUCCUUUCUCCCAUUGCUGA